GUGAGAAAGACAGACAGAGCAGGAAAGUGGAGGAGAGGCUAAGGUAAUAACUCAAAAUUCUACAAAAUCUUCAAUAUGUCUUCACCCUGCUGGCCGCUAGGUUCAGUUUGUGGAGAAUGUUUUUUAUUGGCCAGUCUGAGAAGGACAACGCUGUGUAUUCUCCUCCUAACAGGGCUCUGUCUGUGCCUUCAUAAAUACCACUUUGUUAAUAAUUCAAAGACGUUUCAGGAAGCUCAAGUCUUCUGCAAAACAUACUUCACUGACCUGGCCACUGUUGACAACAUGGUGGACAUGCAGCAGCUGGUCGCAGCUUUCGACAGUGGUUACGAGGGUUCAGCGUGGAUAGGUCUGUACGACAUUGACUGGGCUUGGGACUGGUCCCUGUUAGACCUGAGGUACUACAAACCCGGCGAGUACUUGUACAGGGUGUGGAGCGCCGGUGAGCCCAACCAACCAAGAACGCAGACUUUGUGUGUCGGUAUCCUGGGAGGUUAUUGGUUUGAUUUUUUCUGCACUGAAACAUUCACGUUUGUAUGUUACAUCAACCCCAAUGAUCCCACCUUAGAAGCUACUUCCACUGCAAACUACAUCUAUAUAAACCAAACAAUGGUGUGGGCUGAUGCUCAGACCUAUUGCAAGCAGCACUACAAGGAACUGGCCAGUGUGAGAAACGCCACGGAGAACAUGUUGAUUAUGGAGGUGGUACCAAAUGAUUUAAUGGUUUGGAUCGGACUGUACAAAAUCUCCUGGAUAUGGUGGUCAGAUUCGAGCGUCUCCCGGUUCACUUACUGGAUAAGUGGACGCCCAUUAGCCACCUCAGGGAACUGUGUUUCCAGUGUGAAGAAUGCUACUGUAUCGGGGCAGUGGAUGGAAAACCCGUGUACCAAUAAUUUGAAUAUGAUGUGCUACAGCACUAAGAAGCAGGUGUUUAUUCUAAAGGUAACAGCAGUGAAGCCCUCAGUCGACAUGAAUGACCCGAACGUGCUGGAAAACGUCCUCACGUUUAUGGAAGUGAAGCUCAGCGCCAUGGGAGUCAUGAAAUUUGUCAGAUUAACAUGGAAAACAGAUCCUGGCAAUAAUAUCUUCCACCCAGAAGACAAUAAAAAUGUUGGGGUAAUGAAUCUAUGCUAAUUUUGUAUGCUAGUUUUAUUAUUAUUAGCUUUCUAAGAAGGCAGGUCAUUUUACAAACAGUCCAUAAACAAAGCUAACAUCAAACCAUAAGUGUACAAUAUAUACAUACAUCACCAUGCCUGUUGGUUCUGCUCUUCCUUGUAUAAGUUUAAACCAUGUUUUUGUGUUAUGUUAGAAAUGUGGCAUGUUAUUAUGUAAUGUUAAUAAUAGUGAUAGUGAAAUACCAAACAAGCAGCUGCUGAUUGCUGCACAACUACAGUAGCAGGGUAGUCAUUUUCACGUAAAUCAGUAGCUAAACUGCAAUUGAUGGAGUUUUGUUGUUUUUGUCUAAUAAAAGGUUUUAACUGCACAAUGCAGU